AUGGAGUUUGGAUCUGGCCUGGACAAGGUUUUGAAACAAGAAGUCACAGUCAUUAUUGGAGACAAAGUCAGAGAAUUACAUGCGCUUGAGCACAAUCAUUUUUCAAGGAAUGUAACAGAAGCUGACUCGUUCAAAAGUUUAGCCAGUCUUUUGGAUUUACUAGGUGAAUGUUCAGCAAAAAAUUUUAGGUUUCUUGAAAACAGGUAG